AUGUCACCUUUUCGAGUGGUAAAAUUUCAUACAUGGAGUCCUCUCUAUUUUAAGGCAUUUUUUAUGAAGAAAGGUAUUGGUAAAGCUUCUCCUCAGGUUAUUGUGGGUUCAGUAAAUGACCCUUCUCCAACACCUUUACCAUCUCCAAUACAUGGGAGUUACCAUUGGACAUUUGAACGACUUAUUUCUUUAACAUUAGUACCAUUAGUGUUGGCACCUUUUGUAGGUUCAAGCACUACACCUAUUUUUGAUGCAAUUCUUUCAUUAGGACUGGUUGUUCAUUCUUAUAUUGGAUUUGAUUCAUGUAUUACUGAUUAUUUUCCUAAGCGUGAAUAUGGCUCUUUUUCUACGUUUAUGAGAUGGGUGUUACGAAGUGCAACAGGUCUUGUUUUUGCUGGACUUUAUGAAUUUGAAACAAAUGAUGUUGGAAUUACUGAGGGAAUUAAGCGUAUAUGGAAAGCAUAA